AUGCGUGGGAGAUGCACUGGUCCACUGGAGAGGCCCGUUUUAGGCUUGCAGUUUGAGAGAGUAGCGUGGGACGAGGAGGAGGAAAUCCCACAGAGGAAGACCUUCUGCGGUCUCCUGGCAACGGCAGAGAUGAACCCCUGGUUUGAGACGCUUGAGGAAAUGGACGACUUCCUUCAGGUCUUCUCGGAUCCGUACAAGGAGCAUGCGCAGGCCCAGCCCUGGCCCGAGCCACAGCUCGGCGUGGCCGAGACUGCUUCUGGAGAAGGCAGCCAGCAGGGCUCGAGCCAGAGCCAAGGGAUGCCAGCCUGGGCGGCCACGGGGAUGACUUCUGCCUCCUGCCACGUCCCCGGAAGUGUCCUCACCCAGAAUUCCGCAGGAGCCCCAGGGGAAGCGCUGGAUGCGAUCUUUCCUGACCUGGCUGCGAUUUUUGAGUGCGACGACCAAGUGACGUCCCAGACUGCUUCUGGAGAAGGCAGCCCGCAGGGCUCGAGCCAGAGCCAAGGGAUGCCAGCCUGGACGGCCACGGGGAUGACUUCUGUCUCCUAUGAUGUCCCCGGCAGGGUCCUCCCCCAGAAUCCCACAAGAGCCCCAGAGGACGAGCUGGAUGUGAUCCUUCAAGACCUGGCUGAGAUUAUUGAGCGCGAUGAGCAAGUGACGUCCUGUCAACAGGUCAAACCCUCGGCAGGGAACCUGACGACCCAGGCCAUGGGCACCACUGAUGGCCAGAGGGCCAAUGUCACUGCAAGCAGGACGACUGGCUGUGAUGAAGGUAGCCAGGUGCAGGACACCAGCGCUGAACCCACGCUCAGUGACGUCCAGAUGGCGGCACGGGGUGGCAGUCAGGUGAAUCUCCCCAUCGACCACCAAAAUCUCUCUGGUGGCCAGAUGAUAGUUCCCGGGGUUCAUCAGCGCUUUUACUGGGCUCCCAUGGCAACGUCUCUCGGUGACCAGAGCCAGAGCCUCUACGUGAACCACGGGACCGUCGCGUGUCCCGACCAGAGCGUCCGUGGGGGCCAGAUGAUGACCCGAAGCAAUGGCCAGAUCCUCAGUGGGGGCGAUGAGCUCACAGCAGCACCACACCCAGGACUCCCAGCCUUCACAGUUUCCCCUGUGAUCCCGGAGCAACUCCCACCGAGGAAUUGGAACUUACAGCCGAUGAGCUCUGCGUUCCUGAAGAAGCCUGAGAGUGGGAAACCCUACGUGUGCCUUCACCAGGACUGUGGGAAAUCUUACUCAAGGUCUUCUUACCUCCGAGUCCACCAGCGCACACACAGUGGAGAGAAGCCCUAUGCGUGCAACGUGCAGGGAUGCAAGUGGAGAUUCAUCUAG